AUGCUUUGUUUGCUUAUUAGCUUCCAUACCAAAUUCACUAGCCCCGUUAAUUUUAUUGCGCCUUACUGUGAAAAUACUACAUACAACCCUAACAGUGCGACCGGCAGCAUUUACAGAACCAAUCUAAAUUUCAUGCUUGACACCCUUUCUUCAAAUGCAUCUCGGACGGACACCAAUGGCUUCUAUAAUUUCAGUACUGGCAAUGACCCUUCAAACACGGUCUAUGGCCUCUUUCUCUGUCGAGGCGAUCUCAGCGCUGAUGUUUGCAAAGGAUGUGUAGCAAGUGCCAGCACAAGAGUACUUCAAGAGUGCCCGAAUCAAAAGGCUGCUAUUGUUUGGUAUGAGGAGUGCUUGUUACGUUUUUCUGACCAGACAAUCUUCUCCAAGGUUGAUUCCACAGCUGGUGCGUUAAUGUUCGACGUACAAAAUGUCACUGGUCCAGGAUGGUAUACCUUUACAAGGGUAGAUUUGUAUAACGCCGCGUAUCAGGCUGUAGGUGAUGCCUCGGGCAAAAAGUUUGCUGUUCGAGAAAACAACCUUACCACUUUUCAGAGAUUGUAUACCCUUACACAGUGCACACCAGAUCUAUCUGCAGAUGACUGUGAAAGCUGUCUCUCAGAGGCUAUAGGACGGCUGCCCACUUGUUGUACCAUCAGAGUGGGAGGCAGAGUAUUCCUUCCAAGCUGCAAUAUUAGGUAUGAGCUCUACCGCUUCUACAAUAGUGCAUCCCCUGCACCACCGCCUUUGUCAAACUUACAUUCCUUCACUGGUGUUCCUCCUCCUAGUUCCACUAAAGUAUCUGUUGUUGAAAACCUUCUCAUUCCUGGCUUUCCAAACUUGCCAGAGAAUGUUAACAGUAAAAGCUUGGUGCUGAUGUCCUUCAGUUCUGCUUGUUGCUUCCAUCAGUCCACUCCACCAUUUGUUGAAGUUCCCUCUAUUGUCAGCAAUUCCAUCCCACUGCACUGGAGCCAGUCUCCAUACUUCCUUUGCUUGAUUGCAGAAAAAAAACAGAAUCUAGCCAUCAUAGCACUAAUAUCUUUACAAAGUCUUCCUGGUAGUUUGAAGCAGGACAUGGCAUAUGCAGGUAGAGCCAUUGUGAUGGCUUUCAGAAUCUUCCUGAAAAGAAGAUCAGGGAAGAGAUAUGCUGCUAUGGCACAGCAGGGGGCAACUGAUGGAGUUGCUGAAAUCUUAACAGCCGAAUCCUUACAGUAUAGCUUAACUGAAAUUCAAAUUGCCACAAAUAACUUCUCUGUGGAUAACAAAAUUGGCGAAGGUGGAUUUGGUCGUGUAUACAAGGGUGUACUUGCUAAUGGACAAGAGGUAGCAGUAAAGAGGCUGUCAAGAAGCUCAGGGCAAGGUGCAGAAGAAUUUAAAAAUGAAAUUGUAGUAGUCGCAAAGCUUCAACACAGAAAUCUAGUUCGACUAUUGGGAUUUUGCUUGGAAGGAGAAGAAAAGAUACUCAUAUAUGAAUUUGUUCCCAAUAGAAGCCUUGACUACUUCCUCUUUGAUUCAGAAAAGAAACGAUCACUGAACUGGUCAAAACGUUACAAGAUCAUUGGAGGUAUAGCAAGAGGACUCCUCUAUCUGCAUGAGGAUUCUCGUCUUAGAAUUAUUCAUCGCGAUCUCAAAGCAAGCAAUAUAUUGUUGGAUGGAAAUAUGAGUCCAAAGAUAGCAGAUUUUGGCAUGGCAAAGAUUUGUGGAGUUGAUCAAUCUGUAGGAAACACAAAUAGAAUUGCCGGGACAUUUGGUUACAUGGCUCCCGAAUACACAAGGUGUGGCCAGUUCUCGGUAAAGUCAGAUGUAUUCAGUUUCGGGGUUGUAAUUUUGGAAAUUAUCACAGGCAAGAAGAACAGUAGCUUCUACGUAUCUGAAGAUUCUGAAGGCCUUCUAAGCUAUGCUUGGAAGCAUUGGAGAAGCGGCGAUCCUUUAGCUCUUUUGGAUUCAAGUAUUGGAGAUUCUUAUAUCAAAAAUGAAGUCAUUCAAUGUGUCCAAGUAGGUUUAGUAUGUGUUGAAGAAGAUGUCAGCAAAAGACCUACAAUGGCUUCCGUGGUCCAAAUGCUCAAUAAUAGUUCUGUUACCCUACCUACCCCACAUCGUCCGGCAGUUUUCCGGAGCCAUGGGUCGGAGAGCAGGGUGGACGAGCUGAACGUUGAUCGAUCUAAUUCCGAAAGAAUUUCAGCUCCAAGCUCUGUAAAUGGGGCAUCAAUUACUGAACCAUAUCCCAGAUGA